AUGGAUGAACGGCGUGUGGCAGAUUAUUUUGUUGUCGCUGGAUUGCCAGAAAAACCAGAAUUGUUGGAUGAUUCAGAUUCUGGACACCUCAAAGGAUAUAGUACCAAGGCACCCAUAACAGACAUAGGCGUUGUGUUCCCUGGCCUCGGUGAGACGGUGCCAAAUGGUUACGAGCUGGUGGAAACCACGCCGACGGGUCUGCCCGCCGAUCUGAACCAUGGCUCGAUGCGUUCGCCGGAGUGCUUUCUCUGCUUGCGCAGGGGGCGCGACCGACCUCCGCUGGUUGACAUAGGCGUUAUGUACGACGGCCGGGAGCGGCUUAUGGCUGACGCGGAGAUGGUGCUCGUCUCCGUCGGGGGCCGCCUGGCGAACGUUAACAACUCGACCGCUAAGACCUUCAUCACGUACCGCCGGGCGCACCCCUCCGCGCCCUGCAACGCCCUGGUGGUGGUGGACGUGUGCGUGGUGGUGGCCAGCCGCGGGGAGUCCCCGCCGCACGCGUUCUGCAUGAUCAACAAGAACCUCAACAAAGGCCUAAUGGGUAGCGACGUCUUCCUCUGCUACAAGAAGUCAAUGAACCGCCCGCCUCUAAUAGCCUACAAGCCCGAAGUACUGUUCAGGUACCCAACGGUGGACAGGCGAAGCUUAGCGUUCCCCACAUCGGUGCCCCUCUUCUGCUUACCGAUGGGCGCCACAUUGGAGCUGUGGCCCAACGACGCAGCCCAGCCCAAGCCGGUCUUCUCGACUUUCGUGCUGACGGUAGCCGAUGCCACCGACAAGGUGUACGGUUCCGCGGUGACGUUCUACGAGGAAUACCCCCACGAGCAGCUGUCCGCUUGGCAGCAGGAGCAGCUGGGCUGGCGCGAGGGGGCGACGCAGGCCACGCACUCCGUCCACGUGAUCAAGUGCAUCUGCCUGCUGUCGCGGUGGCCCUUCAGCGACACGUUCGAGCGGUGGCUGCUCUACAUACUGGACAUGUCGUGGAGCGACGAACCACUGAAUGUUCCUAUCGAGAGAUACGUUACGCAUUUAUUGGAGGAAGUACCGUUUCCAGAGCCACGGAUUUUGCUGCAGCUCUCGGCGACGCGAGCGCACGAGCGCGUGAUCGUGACGCGCCGCGACGAGCAGCCGCUGGUGCGCAGCGGCGCCGGCUUCCGCCAGCUGCUGCUCAACCUCGGCCCCGACAACUGCCUGCUGCUGCUCGCGCUCGCCAUCACCGAGCAGAAGAUACUCAUACACUCGCUCAGGCCGGACACAUUAACAGCCGUCUCCGAGGCUGUAUCGAGCCUUUUGUUUCCUUUCAAAUGGCAGUGCCCGUACAUACCGCUGUGUCCAUUGGGGCUGGCGGAGGUGUUGCACGCGCCAUUGCCGUACCUCAUCGGCGUCGAUUCUAGAUUCUUCGAUCUUUACGAACCACCGCCAGAUGUCACGUGUGUCGACUUAGAUACGAAUAACAUCACAAUAUGCGAGUCGCAACGGCACAUAUCGUUGAAACUCUUGCCGAAACGACAGGCGAGGGCGCUGCGUCACACGCUGGAGCAGCUGUACACGAACAUAAGACCCGCAUCGCCCGUUCAGCGUUCCAGUGCCAAAUUCAACGGCGAACCAACAACAAGCCUGGAUAGGGAUUUCCAAAGGAGAAAAAAAGAGCAAGCCUUGGAGCUGAAGAUCCAGGAGGCGUUCCUCCGUUUCAUGGCGGUGACGCUGCAGGGCUACCGGGGCUACCUCAUCCCCAUCACCAAGGCGCCCACCAUCGGCACCACGGACCCCCACGCGCUCUUCCACAUGGAGGCCUUCCUCCGCUCCAGGGAUAAGACGCAGCAGCGCUUCUUCGCGCUGAUGAUGCGCACGCAGAUGUUCACGCGCUUCAUCGAGGAGCGCUCGUUCGUGUGCGACGCCGACCAGGGGCUGACGUUCUUCGACGAGUGCAUCGAGCGCGUGGCCGCCAGCGACGAGCCGCUGCUGGGCGCGGACACCGGCAACGUCUCCGAGCGCACGGUGUUCGUGCUGCCGCCCGACCCGCCGGACCCAGAGCGCACGUACGCGUACGCGCGUUUCGAGCUGGACGCGGCGCUGGUGGAGCUGAGCAGGGGGCGCGCGCGAGCCGGCGGCGGCGCCCUGCAGACGCUGCCCGCCGCCGCGCUCGCCUCGGCCGAGUCGCUCGCCGACGCCUCGCCCAUGGCGCGCCGCACCAAGCAGGAGAUCGCCGCCGCGCAGAGACUAGCCAAAAAUGCGAAUCUGUCGCCGGAGGCUUGGGCCAAGUGCUUGCUGGGGGCCUGCUACUCCCUUUACUUCCUGGCGCUGCCCUGCCGUCUGAUGCUGUCCAGGGGGAGGGAGCACGCCAUGCUGCGAGUGGCCUUCGAACUGCUGGAGCGCGCAACCAAGUUGCGGGUGCCCUGUGACGAGGUGUGCUACCGAGUGAUGAUGCAGCUGUGCGGCAUCCACUCGCUGCCGGUGUUGGCGGUUCAGCUGCUGUUCCUGAUGAAGCGGGCCGGCCUGCAGCCAAACGCCCUCACAUACGGUUACUACAACAGAUGCGUGCUGGAGGCCGCUUGGCCGAAGGACAUGCCCAGCGGCUCGCAGCUGCUGUGGAACAAGCUGCGCAUCGCUGUGGUGGGGGCGGCGCUGUUCCGGAAGGCGGGCGCGGUGCGGGCGGCGCGCGCGGCGCAACAACACGCACCGGGCAGCAGCAACACUCUGCCGCGUGUCCGCGCCUCUGGCGAGUUGGAGGCACCGCCGUUGAACUCUCUCGAAGUGCCCACGCGCAGUCGAACCAGCAUCGACUCUGCGGGCGGCGCGCUUGAGGCUCUGUGGCGGCGCGCGAACAUCGUGCGCGCGGCGCCGAGGCGGCCUCGAGCACACGCGCUCUCCGCCGCCGCGGGCAUACUCAUAUCGGGUCUGCCGUCCAAUCCGGACCUCAGCGAAGUGCCGAGGCCGAGGAGCAACUCCCUUGGCAGUGAGCAGGAGCAGCCGUCCACGCCGACGCCACUCUCGAUUACGGAAAAGCGUCAGACGAUCCACGUGAGCCCCGAUAGCCCGUCCGAUCUUCGCAUACUGACCAGGUCGGAGAGCUUCGCCGGCGACGCGCAGAUAGUGCAAAAUCUGCAGAGGCUGUCCUUUUCUAGCGGCACAUCGAAUACAAAGUCACGGUGUACAAGGGCGCUUAGUUUUCCGGAGGAGUCGGAGAGGGAUAUCUUUGCGUCGGAUCCCAAGGAGAAGGCAAAUUCCUCACCUCUCAAAGUGUCACCGCGGACGCCGGUGCUAGCGGACGACCCGCUCGGGGCGCUGCGCGCGGCGGAAUGCGCCGACGGCGCUCAGCCGGCCGCGGCCGCCGCCCCCUGCCCCCCCACCCCGCCGCAGCCGCGCCACGAGCUCAGCGUCAGCCCGAAGCUGUUCCGGCGCCGCGCGGGCUCCUUCGCCGAGGAGGAGGACAAAGAGGCCCAGUGCGGGAAACUGCACAGGAGCGAGACGGCGCCCGCCGGCACGGUCUCCUCGAGCCUCGUCAGCCUCGGGAACACGCUCAAGAUCAGCUUCGGACGCUAUUCGCCCGGGAGACUGUCGUUUCGCAAGGAAAACAUGAAAUUGGGAAAGGCGAUGAUCGAGAGCUACUUCAGUCCGACGAGUAUAGCCGGCAAGAAGUCGAACGAGUUGCUCCAGAGCGGCCUGAGCAGCCUCAAGUCGGCCGCCAACAGUAUGGCGAAGAAGUUCGACGAGAUGAAGGAGGUGAUAUCCGCCAACUCGACGCCGGUGAAAGGCGCCUUCGGGAACGCGACCAGCGCCAUCACCAGCUUCAUCACCGAGGAGGACCCGACAGACGGCUCGUCGGAGCUCAAUCCGGACGAGUGGUCGACGGGCGGCGGGUUCAGACGCGCCUCGAGCGAGGCAGAGCUGGCCUGCAGUAUGGAGCGCGGCUCGCUGACCACUCUUCUCUCGCAACUGCCUGACAAUCUAUACCCACAGCAAGCGGAGGGCAGCGGCAUCGGCGCUUAUGUCCGCGUGGCGAUGACCUCGUGCUCGCAGUGCCACCAGUGCCUGGGCGCUUUGUACGACGAGGACAUAAUGGCCGGCUGGGCGGCCGACGACUCCAACCUGAACACGCGCUGCACCGCCUGCGGCCGCCACACCGUGCCGCUGCUCACCGCUCAGAUCACACGCGAGGGUCAGGCGCAGUCUGAGACGAUAAGUGUUCCGUACCUGAAUCCUUUGGUCCUCAGAAAGGAGUUUGAAUCCAUAUUGGGCAGGGAGGGCGACUCGUGCCUGGCUGAGCCGCAGUUCGUCGAGUCGCACCCGAUAGUGUACUGGAACCUGGUGUGGUUCCUGGAGCGGGCCAACAUCGAGAACCACCUGCCGGAUCUGCUGUGCCCCGACUUCGCGGCGAGGUACCAGAGCUGCGACGCGCUGCACAACUCCGGUUGCGUGGUGCGAUGUUGCUGGGAGGGGGCGCGCGGCGAGGCGGGCGAGGGCGGUGCGGGCGCGGCGGGGGGGGGGGCGGGCGAGCCGCUGCACGUGGUGUGGCGCGCGCGCAGGGCGCAGCCGCCGCGCUCGCAGCAGCUGCGCGCCCUGCUGCUCACCGAGCACGACUCGCGAGCGGCUCACACUGUUAUACUAGCGGUGUUGGACGGUCUCCUUAGCAACGACCUGUCCGACGCAUUACGUAAACUUGCCGCCUGGCGGGAGACUUCCAGCGGCAACAAGCGCUACCCAUCAUUUUACAGGGACAUCGUGUUCCUGUCGAUGUCGGCGCUGGGCGAGCAGAACAUCGACCUGGUGGCGUUGCAGCGAGAGUACACUCGCGCGCUGGACCAGCUUGGCGGCGAGGCUCGCCCUCAGGACCUGCCGCCCUCUCCCACCGCGAUAUGCUGCCGCCACUAUUUCAAGCGGCUCUCGCUAGCCCGA